AGGAGGGGCGCACCCGGGCCACACACACUCUUGAGUGAAGCUCAGCAUACGCAUCACACACGCAGGCAGCAAUCAUGUCCAGUGGAGACAAGUCCAAGUCCUCUUCCCAGACUGAUGGGAAAGCCGCUCAGAGCAAGAAGUCUGAGUUUGGUCUGACUUCCUACAAGAUGUUCGUGUUCGACCAGGAGAACUUCCAGGGUCGCAUGAUCGAGAUCGGCAGCGAGAUCAUGAACAUCUGUGAGCUGGGGAUGGAUCGUGUGCGCUCCCUGCGCGUUGAAUGCGGCCCCUUUGUGGGCUUUGAGCAGAUAAACCUCUGUGGUGAGAUGUACAUCCUGGAGAAGGGAGAGUAUCCUCGCUGGGACUCCUGGAGCAACUGUCAGAAGAACGACUACCUGCUCUCCUUCAGGCCUGUCCGAAUGGACCCCGAGAAGCACAAGAUCUGCCUGCACGAGGUGGGAGAGUUCAAGGGCCGCAAGAUGGAGAUCAUGGAUGACGACGUUCCCAGCCUGUUCUCCUACGGAUUCACCGACAGAGUGGGCAGCAUCAUUGUCAGCUGUGGAACCUUUGUGGGAUAUCAGUUCCCCGGAUACCGCGGCAGCCAGUACCUGCUGGAGAAGGGCGACUACAGGCACUUCAACGAGUACGGCGCCCGCACCCCUCAGUUCCAGUCCGUGAGGCGUAUCCGCGACAUGCAGUGGCACCAACAGGGCUGCUACACCAUGUCCAGCAAGUGAGGCUCGGGGAAGGAGAGAAAGAGAAAGAGCGGAAGUGAGGGAGAGGGGCGCAAAAAGAGGGGAAGGGGGAAAGACGUCUGAGGCCUUUACCUCAACAGCAAAAAAAAAAAAAAAAGGCAGGGAGAUAGGGGGAAAGGGUGAGGAUCUUCUAGACCUGCGGAUCUCAUCUGAUGAAGGACCAGCUGGACCCCCUCACCUCCAUUCCUCACUGUCCAUGUUUCUCUUUCUCCCCUAUGGGCUGAGCUUAGUUUCCCCCCCUUCCUCUCUUUUUAUUUUCAAGUCCCUAUCUUCAUGCUCCAUACACCAAGAAGGAAGGAGACACCUUUUGCCGUUUUACAGAAGAUUCUCGGUUCAGGGUACAAUGCAUCAUGGGAAACUGAGUCCUUAAGCGCUUCCUGCCCGGACUGCUGACCCCUGUGCAUCACACACAUUUUCUGCUGUACAGAAUCCUGGCCAAGUUUACAAUAAAUAGGAAAAUCUGUGUUUCAAA